AUGGGUUUCCACGGGAAAUGGCUUUGUGCAAGUGUUCUAGUUAUUUGCAUUGUACUUGAUCUUAGCAUGAUCACUCUUGGUGAUCAUAAGUUUGACAAGGAGAGGUUUGGAGAUGAUGAUGAUUGUCGAUUUAGACGUGGACCUCGUUGUGGGGGUUGGCCUGGUCGACGUGAUCGUGGUCGUUUUGGGGGUGGAGUUGGAAGAGGAGGAGGCUUUGGUGGUGGUGGAGGUCUUGGAGGUGGAGGAGGCGGUGGAUUAGGUGGUGGUGGUGGUGGAGGCCUUGGUGGUGGCGGUGGAGGAGGUAAUGGUGGUGGGGGUGGAUUGGGUGGUGGCUCAGGGCAUGGUGGAGGUUUUGGUGCCGGUGGAGGUGUAGGUGGUGGAGCUGGAGGGGGCAUUGGUGGUGGUGGUGGAGGAGGUAGUGGUGGUGGAGGUGGAUUAGGCGGUGGCUCGGGACAAGGUAGUGGGUUCGGUGCUGGUGGAGGUGUAGGUGGUGGUGCUGGAGGAGGCAUUGGUGCUGGUGGAGGAGGAGGUAGUGGUGGUGGAGGUGGAUUGGGUGGUGGUUCGGGACAAGGUGGAGGAUUUGGAGCUGGGGGAGGUGUAGGUGGUGGAGUUGGAGGAGGAGGAGGCGGUGGUGGUGGUGGAGGAGGAGGUGCUGGUGGGGGGGGGGGUGCUGGUGGUGGCUCAGGGCAUGGUGGAGGAUUUGGAGCUGGUGGAGGUGUAGGUGGUGGAGUUGGAGGCGUGGGUGGUGGAGGAGGAGGAGGAGGUGGAGGGGGAGGUGGUGGAGGUGCAGGUGCAGGUGGUGGCUCGGGCCAUGGUGGAGGAUUUGGAGCUGGAGGUGGUGUCGGUGGAGGUUCGGGAGGCAUUGGAGGUGGAGGUGGAGGUGGAGGUGGAGGAGGAGGAGGAGGAGGAGGAAUAGGUGGAGGUUCAGGACAUGGUGAAGGCUUUGGUGCUGGUGGUGGUGUAGGAAGUGGAAGUGGAACAGGUUUAGGUGGUGGUCGUGGUGGAGGAGGAGGAAUUGGUAUAGGAAUUGGUAUUGGAAUUGGAGUUGGAUCUGGCCAAGGAUCUGGUACAGGUACCGGUACUGGUAUUGGUGGAGGAGGAGGUGGGGGUAAACAUUAA